CGGCCCCACCGUGCAGACGCGGCUUCGUCGGCACAGCGAGCGCUCAGACACAGUCCACCUGCUCUCUUCUGCGGGUCCUGCGCCGUGCUCCCCAUAGGAACAACAUCAGUUUAACGGCCUCCGUCAGGAGAUCGAACGCCGCCUUUAAACUUCUUUGAAGCGCUAAUCAAAAGUGUUCAAACAAUACUCGUGUUUGUAGCUGCAGUGCUAACUAUUCCUCAAGGAGCCCAAAGACUGGACGCGUAGCUCGUUCCUCUCCGCCUGCGACGCCACCAGCGCAGCCACAACCCCGAGGCUUCCGAAGGUUCCAGCGCUCUUCCGCGAAGCAGGACAGCGCCAUGACCCGGUUAAAGUGGUCCUCCCUGUGGGCGGCCUGUCUCCUCGCUGCCGUCGGCCUCACCGCCGCCCACCCGUUCCUCUACAUGAGAGGUACCAGACACGGUUACGGGCGUAACAUCAGACCUCUGCCAUGUGUUUCCAAAGGUGGGGAAACGGGCGUAUGUAUGUUUGCGUGGGACUGCAUGAAGGCCAACGGCACACACCUGGGCACGUGCAUCGACAGAUUCUACUUCGGGUCAUGUUGCAAGAUGGAGCACGCCAGGCCACCCCCGGGCCUCAACGAAAUCCCAUCGGGCGGUGGUGGCACGAAGCCCUUCGGCGUCGACACCUCCGGUCAGCCUGAAUUCGACGGGCAGCCAAGCGCGGAGGAGAACGAGGGGUCCAAUGAGACUCAAGAGUCGCCUGGUGAUUCCGACGCUACCAGUGGCUCUGCAUCUACCACAGCAACAGGAUCUACUGCCGGAGCAGAAGGCCCAGCAUCUACCACAGGAACUAGUGGCGAAGCAGAAGGCCCUGCACCUGCCACAGCAACGGGAUCUACUGCCGGCGCAGAAGGCCCAGCAUCUACCACAGGAACGGGAUCUACUGCCGGAGCAGAAGGCCCAGCAUCUACCACAGGAACGGGAUCUACUGACGGAGCAGAGGGAACUGGAGCUACUGGCGGAGUGGAAACCCCAGCCUCUACCGGUGAAGUAGAUGGCUCUACAUCAACAGGAACGGAAGCAGCUGGAUCUACCACUGAGACCGAAGAUGCGUCUGCUGGUGGAGCAGAAGGCCCGGCAUCUACUACAGGAACAGAGGAAGCUGGACCUACAAGCGGAGUGGAGUUCCCUGCAUCUACCACAGGAUCUGAGGAUGGUGAAUCUGCUAGCGAAGUAGAGAUUCCUGCAUCCAGCAUGGGGACAGAAGGAGUUGGACCUUCUAGUGGAUCAGAAAGCUCUGCAUCCACCGCAGAAGUAGGAGCUGAAUCUACAAGUGAACCAGAAGCUCCUGCAUCCACCACAGGAACAGAAGAUUCCGGAUCCACUGGUGGAGUAGAUAGCCCUGCUUCUACCGACGCAGAAGGCGACGGAUCUACUGGCAGCUCAGAAGGCGAGGUAUCUACAGAGGGCCCUGCGUCAGGCAGCGGCAUGGAGGAGGCCAUUAGCACACAGACAACCGAGGGCUUCGACGCGACGCCAACCACGGAGGUGAGCGUCACGGUGGAGCCCUCGCCCUCUCAGCCCGACCUGCCCGCCGGCAGCGGAGACUCCGCCGAUGAGGACACGACUGUCACUCCGGGCUCGGGCGCUUCCUCCCCCGACGCCGCGGCGUCGCAGGCGACCAGUCCGAGCAUGGGAACCGCCACCCCCGUCAGCCCCCCCGCCACGGAGUCCCCCACGGCCUCGGAGGCGACGAUCGUCAUAGAGACGGAAGAGCCACAGACAAUGACCACGGUGAUGAUCCAGGCAGGCUCUGAGAUUGAGCGGCCUACAACCACGGAGGACGCCGGCGCCGCCACGGUCUCCAUCACGGUGAGCGGCGACGCGGACGGCAGCGACGGGACGCAAGCAUCGACGGAAGCCCCGGCCCCCGCGGCGGCGACAUUCCCGCCCGCGACGACCGAGGAGUCGCCAAUCAUCAUUCCAGUCACGACCUUCGCCGAAGCCUCGACAACCAAACCCGAGGAGCCCGUCAGCGAGCCAUUCUUUCCCGUCUUCCCUGCAGCAGCGAGUGAGAAGCCCGAGGAGGCAACAACACUGGUCCCGCCGCCCGAAUCCAGCACAGGGAAGCCCGACGAACCAGUAACUUUAGUGUUUCCGAGUGGUCCUGUAGCCACCGGGAAGCCUUCGACGCUCGCCCCCACGACCGUCGACACGACUGAAGAGCCUGCCAUGACAACCUCCUCUUCUGAAGAAGAAGAAACGAGCGAGCCAACCAUAUCCGAGAAUGAGGAAGGGGACGAUUCGAGCGAAACGACACUGCCAGAUAUUGAUGUUGAAGUAAUAAGCGAGGCACCAGUACCUGAGACAACAAGCAAACCCACCGCGGAAACCACGCUGAUACCCACAACUGCGGAGGCGACGGAGAAGCCCGAGGAACCCGUAGUAGCGACCACCCUGGCUCCGACGGUCACUGCUGAACAAGAAUUGCUAGAGAGGCUAAACAACUCAAAGGCUAAAGACAUUUGUGGCCGACCAGUGUAUCCAACACGAAGAAUUGUUGGCGGCAGUGAAGCCACCUUCGGCGAAUGGCCGUGGCAGGUGUCCCUCCGACAAUGGAGACAGGUGACAUUCCUUCACAAAUGCGGCGCUGCUUUAGUCAACGAGAACUGGGCGAUCACGGCUGCCCAUUGCGUCGAGAACGUGCAGCCCGAGCAGCUCCUCCUGCGGCUCGGCGAGUUCGACCUGGAGCGAUCCGACGAGCCCUAUGCCUUCGCCGAGAGGAAGGUGCAGAUCAUCGCCACCCACCCUCAGUUCGACGCUCGAACCUUCGAGUACGACUUGGCGCUCCUCAGGUUUUACGAGCCGGUCAACUUCCAGCCCAACAUCAUCCCCAUCUGCAUCCCGGAGGACGACUACGACUUCAUCGGCGACACCGGCUUCGUCACGGGCUGGGGGCGGCUUUACGAAGAUGGUCCUCUGCCAUCUGUCAUGCAGAAGGUCCCUGUGCCCGUCAUUACCAAUGAAGAAUGUGAAGCAAUGUACAGGGUGGCUGGCUAUGUGGAACACAUUCCCCACAUCUUCAUAUGCGCUGGCUAUGAGGCCGGCGGUAAGGAUUCGUGUGAGGGCGACUCUGGCGGCCCUCUGGUGAUCCAACGCGACGGCGUGUGGAACCUUGCGGGCGUGAUCUCGUGGGGCAUCGGCUGCGCGCUGCCCAACCAGCCGGGCGUCUACACGAGAAUAUCCGAAUUCAGGGAAUGGAUCCAGAAGAUCGUCGUGUUCUGAGGCGGAGGCGGCGCCGACGAUGCCCUCCCUCGGGGGGCGUCUCUCUCUCUCUCUGGGGAUUAGGAUAACGUUGUUGCAUUUUUGAUAAUUUAUUUGAGUGCGCGUCGUGUAAGGCUGUCUGUUUGUAAAGUGUGCUUGCUUUCGGAGAUAAGUGAACCCGUGGCGUGGCUUGAGUCUAUGUUCAUGGAGAGUGUCCCGCCACUGCCACGAGGGACGCAGAGGCAGUGAUUUGCGAGCUGAUUUUUCUUCCUCUACGAUAGGCAUUAUAUUUUCUCCCCACUUCAUUUUGUUACAUUGUUAUUUGAGUGCGAAUGUUGUUAGAAUGUAGCUGAUGAAUUCAUUGUUAUCAUUAAUAUUAUUAUUAUUAUCAUCAUCACCAUCAUCACUAGUUCCUCAUAUACAGCACGGCCAUCCAGAUCUCGUUUUCGAUUUGGUGCCGAUGUUAUGUACGUAUAUGUGUAAAUGCGAGCGUGUACACUGACGGUAAUGACAUGUACGUUUCGCUGACUCCAUCUUGUGCUCACCUGUCCAUCGCCGCUUCACGUCUCCUGCCGGCCUGUGAUAAUCCUGCUCUGCCGAGCGCCUCCGCCUCCCGCCGCGGCCUCUGCCAAGGUACUUUUAAACAGGUAGCCCCACUCCGUUUUGAUGGGUUUAACAGGCUGAAUGGAAGUGGAGCUACCUGCUUAUAUGUUCCUUGGCCUCGUAUUCGGGACUCGCCUCAGCGCCUGGUGCCUGGACCGCCGGAGGCGAGAGGCCCUUGGGUCCUCCCUUUGACCCCCCCCACGCUCGGCCUCCCCCCCCGGGAAAGGGACGAGGGAGGGCGGUUAUUUAUUUAUUCAUUAUUUAUUUUCUGUAAGGUGCAUUCGACUUCCCUUCUCAAUUUCUCUUUUCUGACUAUGUUAUGUUCAUCGAUAAUGAUAUAUGUAUAUAUAUAUAUAUCUGUGUGUAUAUAUAUACAUAUAUAUAUAUGUACAUAUAUAAUAUAUAUACAUAUAUAAUAUGUAUAUUCAUAUAUAUUUGUUUAUAUAUGUGUAUGUAUAUAUAUACACAUAUAUUUGUACAUACACACACACACACAAACACAUAUCUCUCCCUCUCCCCUCUCCCCCCCUCCGCCAGCCGGCUUCUUGCCAACGCUGGCGAAAACCUCAAGUUGUUGACCGCGCACGAUUGCUGCUCUUGUUCGAGGGCAGUUGUAGAUGAAUCAGGUAUAGCACUUUUAUAUAUUCUAUUGUGUAUUUAUAUUUGAUAUAUUGCGAUGUAUUUUAUUUAUUCUAGAAGUUUUUAUAGUUUGUGUGAGUUAUAUUCAGUUCUCCAGUGCCCUAUUUUAUAUAUGUGGUGCCAGAGGCUUGGCCCCCUUCCGAAAUGUGUACAGAUUAUAAUAAAGAGAAAGGAUUA